AUGAAUGUAACAAAACAAUUGAGUAAUUGGAUAAUAAAUGUAAAUAUUUAUCUAAAAAAUAAAUACUUUACUAAAGGAAAUAAAAAUAUAACUCAAGAUGAUAAAGAUGAUCUUAUCAAAUAUAAUGUUUUAAUUCUUGAAAAUUUUCCUGAUUUAAAAGGAAAUACUAAAUUAUAUGGAAUUAUUAAUGAUUUAAAUACUAGUAAAACAG